GUCUGUGCCAGCCCCGGGGAGUGGGUGGGGCCGGCCCGGGGCAGCCCCGCGGAGGCAGGAUGUUCACGUCCAAGUCCAACUCGGUGUCGCCCUCGCCGUCCCUGGAGCAGACUGACUCGGACGCGCUGGACAUCAGCACCAAAGUGCAGCUCUACGGUGUGCUGUGGAAGCGGCCCUUCGGGAGGCCGUCGGCCAAGUGGUCCCGGCGGUUUUUCAUCAUCAAGGAGAGCUUUCUUCUUUACUACUCUGAGAGCGAGAAAAAGAACUUUGAAAGCAAUAAAUACUUCAAUAUACAUCCUAAGGGCGUCAUCCCCCUAGGAGGCUGCCUGGUGGAGGCCAAGGAGGAACCCAGCAUGCCCUAUGCCAUGAAAAUCUCCCACCAGGACUUCCAUGGCAACAUCUUGCUGGCUGCUGAGUCCGAGUUUGAGCAGACCCAGUGGCUGGAGAUGCUACAGGAGUCCGGGAAGGUGACUUGGAAGAAUGCCCAGCUGGGAGAAGCCAUGAUCAAAAGCCUGGAGGCCCAGGGGCUGCAGUUGGCCAAGGAGAAGCAGGAGUAUUUAGACAAGCUGAUGGAGGAGACAGAAGAACUCUGCCUUCAGAGGGAGCAGAGAGAGGAGCUUGAACGCCUGAACCAGGUGCUGGAAGCCGAGAAGCAGCAGUUUGAGGAGGUGGUGCAGGAACUGAAAAUGGAGCAGGAGCAGAUCAAAAGGGAGCUCGAGCUGACUGCAAGAUGCCUCAAGGGUGUGGAGCAAGAGAAGAAGGAGCUGAGGCACCUCACAGAGUCCCUGCAGCAGACGCUGGAGGAACUCUCCAUAGAGAAGAAGAAAACCCUGGCGAUGCUGGAAGAGAAUGAGAACCAGCUGCAGACACUGGCCAAUCAGAGUGAGCAGCCCCCUCCCAGUGGGGGUCUCCACAGCAACCUGAGGCAGAUAGAGGAGAAGAUGCAGCAGCUCUUGGAAGAGAAGCUCCUGGCUGAGAAGCGGAUGAAGGAGAACGAGGAGCGCUCUCGGGCCCUGGAGGAAGAGCGGGAGUUCUACUCGACCCAGUCCCAGGCCCUGCAGAACUCGCUGCAGGAGCUGACCGCAGAGAAGCAGCAGGCCGAGCGGGAGCUCAAGGCCGAGGUGAAGGUCCGCAUGGACCUGGAGAGGCGUCUGCGGGAGGCAGAGGGGGCCUUGCGGAGCCUGGAACAGGGGCUCAACUCCAAGGUGCGGAACAAAGAGAAGGAGGAGAGGAUGCGGGCUGACGUGAGCCACCUGAAAAGAUUCUUCGAGGAGUGCAUCCGGAAUGCGGAGCUGGAGGCCAAGAUGCCGGUCAUCAUGAAGAACUCCGUGUACAUCCACAAGGCGGCCACUCGCCGCAUCAAGAGCUGCCGCUUCCACCGGCGCCGCUCCAGCACCUCCUGGAAUGACAUGAAGCCGUCCCAGUCUUUCAUGACCUCCCAGCUGGAUGCCAACAACAUGGAGGAGCUAAAGGAGGUGGCCAAGAGGCUCAGCCGGGACCAGCGCUUCCGAGAAUCCAUCUACCACAUCAUGGCAAACCAGCCAGGAGCACCGUUGGUGGUUCCACGGGGUGGGAAGUGAU